AUGGCCGGUAUCCAGAGGGCGUCUAACCGACGCGAGCGCGUACACUUUGAACGUACCCCCUAUAUAAGGCGCGCAAGUCUCAGUUUCCGCGCCAGAUCAGGUCCCGGCGUCAGAAGAGCACCCACGGGGCAGUUAGUCCCAGCUCUCGCCACCGACCCUAGCGAAGAAUUUGUGGAUGCGCUAGGCUUCAUCGACAGCACUGAGGACAUGCAGCGUAAUUUCGGUUGCAACCCCUACGACGCCGGCUACCGCAGCCUGGGGGUCGAGGUGGAGGAUGAACAGUACGAUGCGAAGCCAACCUUAACUUCGUUGGUUCUAAUGGGAGGAGGGGAGGAUACACGGUCCGAACCUGAGCGCGAAGGGGCGGCGGCAAACUGCGUUGGCGCGGGAGAGCGGAGCUCCCCGAACGAGGAAAACCAGGAGGGAGGCUUUGGCGGCGGCUUGGAGCCCCCGCAACAGCAGGAGGAGCCGCCCCCCCCGGCCCUGCAGGGGCCACUGGUCGCGGAGAGGAAGCAACGCCGCUACCGCACCGCGUUCACCCAGCUGCAGCUGCAGGAGCUGGAGGGCAUUUUCCAUCGCACCCAGUACCCCGACGUGUUCGCGAGAGAAGAGAUUGCUGUACGUCUGAAUUUGACUGAAGCCAGAGUGCAGGUCUGGUUUCAGAAUAGAAGAGCCAAGUGGAGAAGACACCAGAGGGCCCUGUUUAGAAAUCUGGCCCCCAUUGCUUUGGGCCCUCCUGUGGGGGUGAUCUUUGAAGGGCCCUAUGCUAUCCCUGUUCUAGAACCGGGGUGGAGAUGUGUUCCUCUGGUGCCUCGGGGGCUCAUGCCUCCUGGGCCUCCACCACCACCUGUGCUCCCCGGGCUACCUCUGCCCCCCGGGCCACCCAUGCUGCCAAUGCCACCUCCACUUUUGCCUCCCUUUGCUCUGGCCCCUGUAGGCAUGGCAUGGGCCCCUGUCAUCAAUGGUCAUUUCGCAGGGCCCAUUUUCUGAAGUAUGGUCUUUAUGACAAUUUUUCCAAAGUU